GGGAGAUAACCCAAUUUUUAAAUUGGGGUGAGAUAACCAAACUAUUACCUAAUCGAAAUUUACACACUCUGAAAAGUAUUUUUAGAAAAUUUCUUUAAAAAAUCACCCAUUUUUCUGAAAGAAAGCCGUCUCAUGCGAAUUUUCUGAAACUCCACACCUCACCCUUGGAAACAUUUUUUCACAAUAAAUUUGAAAUUGAAUUGAUCCAAAUUUCGAUAUACUGAGAAUCUAUAUCAUCUGAAGCAUAUUUGUAGAAAAUUUUAUUAAAAAAUGUUCAUUUUUUCCCCGGAAGCUAUGAGAAAACAAAUUCGGUAGGGUAUACAUCUGUAAGAAUGACAACACUUCUACUUUCAGUUUUAUUUUAUUUUAUUUUACUUUCGGGAUUUUAAUCGUGAAAACUACGAUGAAGAAGUGGAGUACGAAAACUUUUCUCUCUAAAUGCAGAUUAUAAGUAUUUCAAAGUGGAGAAUAUUGUAACAUGUCGAAAAAUAGCGAAAAAGAAAACAAAAAUUUGUGGUGGUGGCUGUUGUUCUGAAGGGAGAAUGAGCGGAUUAAAUAUUUUUCUUUUUUAAAAAUGUCAGCCCCACUUCCCCACAAGUAUUUUGGAAUGUAGGAACGUAGAAAAAUCCCGAAAGAAAAAAAAAGCAAUGGAACGGAGUAAUUACGAUUUAUGUGUUACAGCUAUUUCGAAAGUCCGUACGAGGAAUGUAACAUACAGGUGACAUAUCUCUGAAUAAAUCCAUUCCAAAUACUAACCCAAAUGAGCUUUUUUUAAACGUUUAGACACUAUAAUUUUUUUCAAUAUACAUUUCAUCAGCUAGUUUAUUUAUUUAUUUCGUUAAUUUAACUAAUUAACAAAUUAUCAUAUUAUCCUAUGAUUUAUUUUACGAAACGGACAGCUUUCGUUUUACACCGAUUAAUGCCAGUACCGGUGUAAGCAUUCCCACUUUCUAGCCUUUUAAUCAUCCUGUUUAUGGAAUUAUUUGUAUUUUGCUCUAUUCUACUCGUAGAAGGUCCUAGGUUAUGGCACUGAGGAAAAUUAAGAGGACUUCACACAACUCUGAUGACGUAAAGCGACUCCAGCAGCAAAACCUCAGGACUUGUAAAGAUGUUUUGAGUCGAUCAACUUUAGAAUUGUUCAAAAUAAUAGGUAAAAGCCAGUCAUCAGUUGAGGAACUUAUACGAAAUGUUAGUUUACUUUGUGCUCCGAAAGCUUGCACUGCAGCACAACUAUUACAAAAAAGAAAGCUAAAGACGAACACAUGUCCAUUUUUCGCCACAUCACUGCCGGAUUUAGACAAAGUGCUCCACGGAGGAAUUCCUAUUGGAAGUAUCACAGAACUGGCGGGACCAGCCGGGUGUGGGAAGACGCAGUUUUGUAUGAUGUUAUCGUUGUUGUCCACAUUGCCGACAGAGAUGUGUGGUAUGGCUGGUCGUGUGAUCUACAUAGAUACAGAAUCAACUUUCAGUGCCAGUAGAUUGGUGGAAAUGGCCCGAAACAAAUAUCCGGAUUACUUCAACGAUGAAGACCGUUUGAAGAAUCUUACAGAGAACGUCUUGGUCGAUUUCCAUUCGACUUGUGACAGUUUAGUAAACAGAUUUCAGGAACUGGAAAUGGACAUAAUAUCUCAGAAGGUGAAAUUGCUUAUAGUUGAUUCGAUCGCUUCUUUAGUUAGGAAAGAAUUCGGAGGACAUUUAGAAUAUAAUAUGGCAGAACGAACAAAUUUCCUUACUAAAACUGCCGCCAUACUUAAGAAUAUUUCAGAAUCUUUUCAGAUACCGGUAGUUGUCACCAAUCAAAUUACAACUAGGUUGGCAACCACUUCUAAAGAUUUUCAAACUUGUAACGCGGGGAAUGCGUAUGCGACAGUAGCAUUAGGAAAUACUUGGAGUCACAGCGUGAACACACGUCUAAUAAUUGAAUACGUAGAUUCUGUUCUUCGGCAGGUAAUGGUAGCUAAAUCUCCCAUUGCACCUUUCACAUCGUUUUAUUACACCAUUCAAUCUGCUGGAAUUGUGCAAGAGAAAGACUCUGCGUACCAUUAUUAUGGCACUGACCCAACUGUCCAACGAAUUCGUGUAAGAACUGAUGUGCUUUAAAUCAGUGUCAACACCUUUGUCACUUGCGAUAUGUUCAAAACAAAUUUUCACUCACCCCGAUCCUCCGGGUAUCCGUUAUCUCCAAGCCACUUAUGUUCUGUACAAAUUGAUCCUACAUCUAUAAGCAAGAAAUUUUACGGGUAUUUACCUGUCCGAUGAUGUCAUCUAGGUUCUGUUAUUUAUUUUUAAUCUUACAGUGAUACCACCAUAUAAGCUUCUUCCUAGUUACUCUAAAAUUACUUUAAACCUUCCUCCUUCUCUUCCUUAAUUCAUUAAAAUAAUUGUUCACCAUUUCAGUAGCUAAAUUUAAUCACGAUUUUCAUUAGCUACGAAAAUAGCCAAGUUAGUACUGUUAUAUGUAAUAUAGCGAAGAAAGAAACUAAUUAAAAAUACCAAUGAGUAGAAAACGUUAGCUCAGUUAUUAAAUUAAGGCACUGUCUUAUCCAAACCAGGAUAAUAAAAAAAAAAAAAAUGAACAUCAAGCAUAUAUCAAUGUUGAAUAAUGUUUUAAAUUUUAUUAACUUUUCAUCAAUCCCAACUAAUGUAUAAAUCAUCUUUUGACAACUUUUCACUUUGCUGAUUUUUCUUGUUAUUAAACAGGGGUAAAGAUCAUGGACCGCACCCCCUUUGCGAUGUUUUGGGGGGUUUUAUUUUUACAUGAACACACUAUAUGGAGGGUGGAGAUUCCGAAUCUGCAAAAAAAUCUGCAUUUCAAAAUUUAAGUCCCCUCUCCCCAAAUUUAUUAAAUUUUCACUUUUU